UUCAAAUCCUGAGUGCCUAUACUGAAUUAUUCAGAGACAAAAAGCUCUUCUGCUUCUGGAUAUCAUAUUCUCCCUAUGUUUUAUUCGUAAAGUCUGAAGCAGUAGAAGAAUUAAUAUCCGGUACGAAAAUGAUACAGAAAAGUUGGAACUACGACUGGCUUCAUCCUUGGCUAGGAACCGGACUUCUGACCAGUUAUGGCCCGAAGUGGAAAUCUCGUCGCAGGUUAUUAACGCCAUCUUUCCAUUUUGAAAUCUUGAAGGAUUUUUUGCCCGUCUUCAACGAGCAAUCGCAAAUCCUCGUAAAAAUUCUAGAAAAAGAGACAAAAAAGCCAUGGACUGAUGUUACCAUGCCCAUGACGUUAUGCAGUCUUGAUAUUAUAUGCGAGACUACACUGGGAGUUUCCAUAUCAGCUCAACAAAACAGUGAUUCUCAAUACGUGAAGUCCGUCCUCAGAACAUCGGAAAUUCUUAUGGAAAGGAUGUUGAAUCCACUAUAUUGGGUAGAAUGGAUUUUUGGAUUUACAAAAAGGGGCAGACAGUUCAGAAGUGAUUUAAAGCUCUUGCACAACUUUACAAGAACAGUCAUUCAAGAAAAGAAAAAGAAACUUUUAUGUGGAGACGCUGAAAUUACUAAAAGGAAAAGGAAAGCAUUCUUGGAUUUGUUGCUAGAACAUCACUUAGAAACAAAGAGCCUUAGCGAGGAAGAUAUUAGAGAAGAGGUUGAUACAUUCACUUUUGCGGGCCAUGACACUACUUCUAUGGGUAUAAGUUGGGCUUUGUAUCUAAUAGGACUCCACGAAGAUGUCCAAGCAAAAUUGCAUGAAGAAAUGGACAGAAUAUUUGGGGAUGACACUGAGAGACUUGUGACCACAGAUGACCUGAAAGAUAUGAAUUACCUCGACUGUGUGCUAAAGGAAAGCCAAAGGCUCUAUCCUUCGGUGCCUAUAACAGGAAAACAUGCUACUAAAGAUACCAAGUUUUCUGGUUACACUAUACCUAAAGGAGCUUCAUGUUUUGUAUUCACUUACGAACUGCAUCGCGACAAGGAUGUUUUCCCAGAUCCGGAAAAAUUUGAUCCUGAUCGUUUCUUACCAGAAAAUUCUCGUAAUCGCCAUCCUUAUGCCUAUAUCCCAUUUUCUGCUGGUCCAAGAAAUUGCAUCGGUCAGAGAUUUGCUAUCAUGGAAGAAAAGACUGUAGUCAGUCAUAUUUUAAGAAACUAUACGUUGGAGUCACUGGAUCCAAGGGAUACCAUAACACCAGCAGCGGAGAUUAUUCUGCGGUCAUCAAAACCGCUCAGAGUUAAAUUUAGGUCCAGAUAUCCGAAAGAAAGUUGAGGCGAUAAGAAAAUUUAUUACUAGCAACAGUAUAAAAUAUUUUACAACGUCAUUUUAAAUUGAAUUAUAUAAUCACGCAUUUUUAAUCUAACUAAUUAUAAAAAUAACAAAAAAGCAUAUUUUUUUAAAGAAAUACUUUUAUUUAAAACCUGAAAGCGAUAAUACGAGAUGCUAUUCGAGAUAUUGUUUCAGAACUCGAUUUGUAAAAAAUUAUGAGGAACGUCGAUAAUUGUUCUAAUUUUAUCACAACAGGAAAAAGUGUAUUAUUAGAAAUAAACACUUUGUAACUGUAAAUAAAAUUAUAUUUUAAUUUGA